UGUGGGCCGCCUGUGACACUACUGUGAAAGGCGGAGAUAUGUAUAUGUAUGCACAGUAUAUCUAUACAUACAUUCCAAGCACACGUUACACGUGAGUAUAGGUAUACCAUUACAGAACACAAUUUUUAGAAGAUGGCCGGCUGGCAGUGAAUGUGAAUAAUAAAGAAAAGUUUAGCCAUGGCUUCGAAGGAAAAUAAUCUUUACAGCCUUUUCGCUGAGCUCUACAAGGAGGGCCAGAACGGCGAAUACGAAAGAGCCUUGAAAACCGCCAACAGAAUUCUGGGACUUUCGCAAGAUGAUGAGGCUGCCCUGCACUGCAAAGUUGUUAGCUUUAUACAGCUGUCCAAGUUUAACGAUGCCUUACAGAUUAUUAACAAAUUUCCCAAACUCCUGCCGAAAUUGGAGUUUGAGAAAGCAUACUGCCUUUAUCGUUUGAACCAAGUUCAAGAUGCAUUCAAGAUUAUUGAUAAUAUUCAGAAUCCAUCUCUAAAAGUGAAAGAGCUCAAAGCUCAGAUUCUUUAUCGUUUGGAAAGGUAUGAAGAAUGUUUUGCUGUUUACCGUGACAUCAUCAAGAACUCUAAUGACGAUUAUGAAGAUGAGAGAGAAACCAAUCUUGCUGCAGUUCUUGUUCACUUGGCCCUUGAAGGCUCUAAAAUAGAGGUUCCUGCUCUGAGAGAACACACUUAUGAAUUAACUUACAAUGCUGCUUGCCAACUUAUUGCAACUACUACUGAUGGUGACAAAUCUAACUUGGUUAAAGCUGAGAAGAAGUUGAGAACUGCUGAAAAACUGUGUCGCGAUUCUUUGGAGGAAGAUGGAAUGACUGAAGAAGAAAUUGAGGAUGAACUUGGAAUAAUCAGAGUUCAGCUUGGUUAUUGUUUGCAACUUCAAGGACGCGAAAAAGAGGCACAAGCAUUAUACACUGCAGCUCUUAAAAAGAGACCUGAUGAUAUUGCUCUGGUUGCUGUAGCAAGUAACAAUGUUGCUACUCUCAAUAAAGACCAAAACGUCUUUGACAGCAAAAAGAGAAUGAAGAGUGCAACACAAGACGGCCUGGAGCACAAAUUGACUUCCAAGCAGAGAAAGAGUAUUGCCUACAACCAGUGUUUGUUAGCUCUGUACACUAACCAGGGAGAGCAAUGUCAAUCUUUGUGCAAGAAAUUCAUGCAAGACUAUCCUGACAUGAGCAUUGAAGCAACUACUGUCCAAGCAGUUCAAUUAGCAAGGGAAGGAAAAGCAAAGGAAGCUGUGACACUGCUGGAUAAACAAGCUAAAGGAGAACAUUAUCUUCCGACCAAAUUGGCUUGUGUGCAGCUACUUUUAAGCAACGAUGAAAGAGAAGAAGCCAUCAAAGUAUUGGAGAGUUUGACUGAAACUGAAAAAUCAUUACCAGGAAUAGUCAGUACACUUGUUACUCUCCAUAUGGCUGAUGGUAACAGAGACAGAGCAUCUGCGGUUCUGAAGAACGCUGUUAAUUAUUAUAAGAAAAAUAAGGAAAGCACAGGAAAUCUUAGUAAACUAUGGCGUCAAGCAGCAGAUUUUCAUUUACGUGGUGGAGAGGUUGCUGUUGCGGCUGCCAGCUUGGAAGAGCUUCUGACUGCCUCACCGUCUGACACAAAAACCUUGGCUCAAUUGAUCGUCGCAUAUGCUCAAUUUGAUCCCGCGAAGGCACAAAGUUUGUCGAAGAGAUUACCGCCCCUCCACGAUUUGGCAGAAUCGACCGAUGCAGAUGCACUUGAAAGUAGUAACUGGGUCAUUGGCAUGAAAGUCGUGAAGAAAAAAGUUGAACCUUCACCUGGUAAGCCGGAAGCACUCGAUAAGAAGCGCAAGAAGAGGAAGCGUAAGGGUAAGCUUCCGAAAAAUUAUGACCCCAAUUCUCAACCGGAUCCAGAAAGAUGGUUACCUAGGCACGAACGUAGUGGAUUCAGGAAAAAGAGAGAUAGAAGAAAUCGCGAUGCUGCUAUGAAGGGAACUCAAGGUGCUGCCGCAGGAGCCAGUGAUCAAUUCGAUAUUACGAAGAUGUCAAACGCAAAACCAUCUCCGAACCCUCGUCAAAGCCCAGCUGUCGAGUCAUCAGGACCUCGACAGCAACAGCGGAAAGUACAACAGAAAAAGAAGAAAAAGGGCGGGAAAUGGUAAUUGAAUGAUAGUGUAAAUGGGCAUAUUAACAUCUGCUUGUAACAUAAUACCAUUUGCUGAUCGAUCCAUACUGCCAUACUAAGCUUUUAUAAUAAGUUUGAAUGAUACAAAUAAUAAUUUUGAACUCUGAUUUUUUGUAGAUACGUCUGUAUUCUUACAGAAAAUGAUAAAUAUGUCUUCGUAACUGGACUUGCAAUAAAACUACUUAUUACGUUUUAUAAAAUA